AUGAAUUUAAAGGAUCUUGUCCCUGAUGAACGUAUGAAAAUUGCAACUCUUUUAGCAGAGAAAAAUGUAAAGGAUAAUGCAUGGAUGUAUGAAAAACCGAAAGAAAAUCCAGAAGUUUUUCUAUUAGGGAAAGAAGUGAAAAGUGUAAAUGAAAUACAAGAAAUUGGCAAAGAUUAUGAAGAGUCUCCUGCUCAACGACUUGCUAGAUUUGAUAUGGAAGCUAAAUUUCGUGAGGAUCCUUUAACGAUUAUGAAACAAAGAGAAGCGGAGAAACGAAUGGAUCUGCUGAAGAAUACAGCUAAAGUCAAAAAACUUCGAAGACUUUUAACUGAACAGAAAUUACGUAAAGAAAAACAGAAAACUAAAAAGCAUUCUAAACGAAAACAUCGACGCAAGUGUUCUGAAUCGAGUGAAAGUAGUUCAGAUGAUGAAUUGUUAAAUAAAUUCAUUAAAAUUAUUCGUCAUUCCGAUGAUUUGGAAGGUGAAGAAACUGAAUCUUUAAAAUCUGUCGACAAAUGUAAGGAAACAUCUUCUGGAAUACAUGAACAACAACCUUCAAGUAGUUCACGUAACAUGAACGAUAAACGAUCAGAUCAAAAUCACCCUACAAAAGAACGUACUUUUUCAAAAUUGAAUAAAGAAUCUUCUUCAAGAUAUGAUCGAAAUAAUCAAUCAAAUCGAUCAAAUUUAAAAGCACCUUAUACAAAGAUAUCAGAUCAUAAUAAAUCAUUAUUAGAUCGAUCACGGUUAUCUAGAGAAGAAUUAGAAGCUAAACGAGCUCAAAUGAUGUCUGAUGCAAAAGAAUAUGAAAAAGAACGUAACAAUCGGUCAACUAGUCAUUAUGAAAAGAAGAGAAUUGAAGAAGAGAAAGAAUUAACUUCAAAAUUAUCUUAUGGACCAUCUUUUAUAGGUCAUUUAAAAAAUCGACAUGUUGACAUGACAACAAUAGAAGAAGGUGUUCAUCGUAAAGCAAGUAGUCGUCAGCGUGGUGACCUUCAUGAUAACUUUCUUCGACGUUGA